AUGAAGACGGUGGUGCUACUGGUGUGGAUCAGCUGCUGGAUCGAUGUAUGUACCAGUGCCCAGGGUCGUUAUGCCCAGAAAUUGCUGAAUGACCUGAUGGAAAAUUACUCCAGUGCCCUGAGACCAGUAGAGGACACGGACAAGACCUUGAACGUCACACUACAGAUCACCCUGUCUCAGAUCAAAGACAUGGACGAGAGGAACCAGGUGUUGACUACCUACCUGUGGAUCCGUCAGACGUGGUUCGAUGCGUACCUGAAGUGGGAUAAAGAGGAAUACGAUGGACUGGAGGUUAUCCGCAUCCCCAGUAACCUGGUCUGGAGACCUGACAUAGUGCUUUAUAACAAGGCUGAUGAGGAAGCAUCUGGUCCAGCAGACACCAACGUGGUGUUACGUUACAAUGGAGAGAUAACCUGGGACAUGCCGGCCAUCACCAAGAGCUCCUGUGUUGUGGACGUCUCCUACUUUCCCUUCGACUGGCAGUGGUGUAACCUCACGUUUGGGUCCUGGACAUACAAUGGCAACCAG